GCCGCCAUUUUAUAGCACACUGCAUUUAUUGAUUUUUGCUGCAAAAAGUCGGCAAGAGUGUUUUUCAUCAGUUUUCUGGGUGUUUUUCACUGUGAAAAUCCAUUUGAGUGUGCAGAUUGUGACCCAGGGGUGUGGACAAUGGCUACGGACAUUAAAUCUUUCCUGCAUCAGUGGUGCGCCAAGGAGAAAUUGGACAAUCCAUCUUAUGACAUCCGGCCGACAGGCCCCAAGCAUCGGCAGAGAUUUCUCUGUGAAAUCCGUGUGAGGAACAUUCCCUAUGUUGGUGCUGGUAACUCCACCAAUAAGAAGGAUGCAGAGAAGAAUGCUUCGCGAGACUACGUCAACUAUCUCAUUCGAAUUGGGAGAAUUUCUGGGUCAGAUGUCCCUGCUGACGCCAUGGAUGGGGAUGCUAUCCCACGUCCGGAUCCCGGCUUAGGAGGUGGUCCUCCGCAAAUGAAUGCGUCAGCAAAGGUCUUCCAGGGUGGAAUGACUCCCUCAGAUUUGGGACAAGCCUAUCGUCCAGUCCAUCAGGAAGAUCAACGUGAUUAUGGACCAACAUCGUAUCUUGAUCGUGCUGAACAACAACUAAAAAUGGAAGAAGCGGAAUCCCUGGAUGUGAAUGCAGCCAUUCACGGAAACUGGACUAUUGAGAAUGCCAAAUCGAAAUUGAGUCAAUUUAUGCAGAUGCAUAAGCUUCAAGCCAACUAUAAGUACACUCCAGUUGGUCCCGAUCACUCCAGGAGCUUUAUGGCUGAACUAACAAUUUACGUAAAGCAACUUGGGCGUUCGAUUACAGCACGUGAAACUGGAUCAAACAAACAAUCGGCAAGCAAAUCUUGUGCUCUGUCGCUUGUUCGACAACUCUUUCAUUUGGGAGUUAUUGAAGCGUUCACCGGAAGUCUCAAAACUGCAAAGAACGACGAUCAGAUGAAGCCGUAUCCAGUUCGUAUAAGUCCAGAACUUGAGGAGAAGAUCGCUAAUUGUUUGAAGGAUCUUAAUAUUCAACCUGUUAAUCCUAAUGCUGCACCGCGUGUGAAGCAAGAAGAUGGAACAAUGCAACCCUUCAGUCUUCUAAUCCCAUCCAAUGAGCCCAGAGUUGAUCGUAUGGCUUUGCUGAACCAGCCGGGUUCUGUAAUCUCAUGGUCUCCUCCGCAACCUAAUUGGAAUCCCUGGUUAGCUUGCAAUAUUGAUGAGGGCUACCUAGCUACGGCAAGCCUUGAUCAAUUGAGUGACGAUCUGUCUAAUAGUGAGAAAGAUCGUAGGAUGAAUGAUUCUCAGUUGCAAGAGAUGAUGAUGCAAAGGGAGAAACUCCCAAUAGCAGCUAUGAGAAAUGAGAUAAUGUCGGCUAUCAAUGAUAAUGCUGUGGUUAUCAUCCGGGGAAAUACUGGAUGUGGUAAAACCACUCAAAUUGCUCAGUUCAUCCUUGAGGACUAUAUCAAGUCCGGUCAGGGUGCUUGGUGCAAUGUCUGUGUGACACAACCAAGGAGAAUCAGUGCGAUCAGUGUUUCUGAGCGUAUAGCUAAUGAGAGGAAUGAGAAUCUCGGUGAAUCCGUGGGGUAUUCUGUGAGAUUUGAAUCAGUUAUUCCUCGGCCCUAUGGCUCGAUUCUAUUUUGCACUAUUGGAGUAUUGCUUCGGAAAUUGGAAGCUGGUCUCAGAGGUGUAUCACACGUUAUUGUGGAUGAAAUCCAUGAGAGAGAUGUCAAUAGUGACUUUAUCAUGGUUGUCCUCAGAGAUAUGGUUCACACCUAUCCGGACUUGAGAGUUAUUCUUAUGUCCGCAACCAUUGAUACAACUCUCUUCUCUGAAUACUAUGGCAAUUGUCCGGUCAUUGAAGUACCCGGAAGAGCUUAUCCAGUUGAGCAAUACUUCCUGGAGGAUUGCAUUGAAAUGACUAACUUCAAGCCGUCCCCAGACAGUCGUAAGCGUCGCAAGGAUGACGAUGGGGAUGAUGCACCUCCAGCAACUGAAGAAGUUGAGAAGAAUCUCAAUGUUGACAUUGGGUCUCAGUACUCACCAAGUACAAGGAGUGUUAUGGCUCAGAUGUCUGAAUCCGAAGUGAGUUUCGAAUUGGUUGAAGCUAUUUUGAUGCACAUCAAUAAGAGUGGGGUUCCUGGAGCUGUAUUGGUCUUCCUACCAGGUUGGAAUUUGAUCUUUGCUCUGAUGAAGUUCCUUCAGAGUACUCAGGAGUUUGGAACUCCUAGAUAUAGAAUUCUGCCAUGUCAUUCUCAAAUCCCCAGGGAAGAUCAGAGAAAAGUGUUUGAACCUGUCCCUCAGGGAGUCAGGAAGAUUAUUCUGUCUACGAAUAUUGCUGAGACCAGCAUCACCAUUGAUGACAUCGUGUAUGUGAUUGAUAUCUGUAAGGCUCGUAUGAAGCUCUUCACAUCUCACAACAAUCUCAUCAGCUAUGCUACUGUCUGGGCCAGUCGAACAAAUCUGGAGCAACGCAAAGGACGAGCUGGACGUGUACGUCCUGGAAUGUGCUUUACUCUCUGCUCCAAGGCACGUUUCAGUAAUCUCGAGGAGCAUCUGACACCGGAAAUGUUCCGAACACCUCUACAUGAACUCGCUCUGAGUAUCAAGCUUCUUCGUUUGGGAUCCAUUGGGCAGUUCUUGUCCAAAGCUAUUGAACCUCCACCUCUGGAUGCAGUUAUUGAGGCUGAAGUGCUACUGAAGGAGAUGAAAUGUCUCGAUCCGGAGGACAAUUUAACUCCACUGGGCAGAAUUCUGGCGAGACUUCCAGUUGAGCCGCGUUUGGGGAAGAUGAUGAUCUUAGGAUGUGUUUUCCUAGUCGGAGAACCCCUAGCCGCAAUGGCAGCUUUCUCAAGUACCUUCUCCGAGGUCUUUUCUCUCGAAAUGGGUCAUAAGCGCUUGAGCAAUCAUCAAAGAGCACUUGGAGGAACCAAACAUUCUGAUCAUGUAGCUAUGCUUGUGGCAUCACAGAUGUGGAAUGGAGCUCGUAUGAAGGGAGAAGAAGCAGAGAAGCAAUUCUGUGAGUGGAAGGGACUCCAGCAGCCGACGAUGCGAGUGAUGCACGAAGCGAAGAAGCAACUAAUGGAUCUCUUGCAGCAAACUGGAUUUCCAGAAGAGUGUAUCCUGGAUUAUCGUGUGAAUGCCAAUGUUCCCGAUCCUACUCUCGAUGUUGCCAUAGGGCUGCUGUGUGUGGGAUUAUACCCAAAUGUUUGCUUCCACAAGGAGAAGAGGAAGGUUUUGACGACAGAAUCAAAGGCUGCUUUGAUUCACAAGACUUCUGUCAAUUGCACAAAUUUGCAGUGCACAUUCCCAUAUCCUUUCUUCAUUUUUGGGGAGAAGAUACGCACCAAAGCUGUCUCAUGCAAGCAGAUGACAAUGGUUUCGCCGAUUCAUAUUCUUCUAUUUGCGUCUAGAAAGAUUGAUUUGGUGGAUGAGAACACCGUGAGAAUUGAUAAUUGGCUCAAUUUCGAGAUGACUCCCAACCAGGCGAGUCUCAUUUGUGCUCUGCGGCCAGUGAUUGAGAGUCUCGUGGUGAGAGCUUCAGAGUCUCCGGACGAUGUGUUGCAGCAGGAAGAAGCCUAUGGGAAUGCAAUUGGUGUAAUCCGGGAUUUGUGUUUGAUGGAGGCUGGAGAUCAUGAAAUUACCCGUGAGAAGGGAAUCUUGCCUCAGGGAUUCGGUCCGCGUCGCAGGGAUGAUGAUGGUGGUCCUCCAAGCAAAUUCCCUCGAGGAGGCGGCGGUGGAGGAUUUAUGGGAGGCAGAGGAGGAGGAGGUGGAUUUGGUGGAGCACCAGGAUUUGGAGGAAGAGGAGGAGGAGGAUUUGGCUUCAGAAGGGGCGGCUAUGGCGGAGGUGGUGGAGGUUUCCGCGGAGGCUACGGUGGAUACCGUGGUGGCCGUUAUUGAGCUAUAAAAUUUGAAUUUGAGAAAUAAUCGAAAGAGGCUGCGUAUCUUUUUCAAAACAAAAACCACCUGUUGGGCUGCGUUUCUGACAGCUCCAAGCCGGAGAAAAACCGUUAAAAUUGCUGCUUCACCUGGAAAAAGAUUUCUGUAGUGAUUUAAUUUCAAUCCAAUUGUAUAUCUCUCAAGUAUUUUGUGUGAAAUAAAGGUUAAAAUGAGAAAA